AUGGACCCCGAGUUCGAAGCAGAGUUGAAAGGUGAAGGCAUCCCAGAUGACCUCAUCGCAUGGAUGGCAACGCAUUGCAAGACCCCAGCGCGCUUUGCUUUCUAUGUGGAUUCCAAGGAAGAGAUUCAGACCCUCAUAGUGGACCAGGUCGCCUCGACCCGGAACAACAGAACAGUCAGAGCAGCCCUGGUGGAACUGUGGCGGAAGCACUCAGCUGCCCAAGAGCGCAGACUGAGUCGAGCUGCUGCAGGAAUAGGCGACCAAGACUGGGAAGACCCGCUUGAAGGCUUUGUGCGGGACCGACUGUACGCCGCUUUCGCUGCGUACUACCACUUCAGGCUCCGACCCACUGCCUCACUGUGCGACAACUUGUUGGCGCGAUUUAAGCGUGAGCUGGAUCGCAAACAGUUCACGGUGGUCUCCAUGUCUCGGGUCCGGUCUCAGGCCUGCGCCGGACUGCAUCGGGCAAAGCGGUUGAAGGUGUCUGACACGGUGUCUAUGGACAUUGCUGCAGCAGAUGACGACUCCUCCGACUUGCAAGGCGUGUUCGACUACAUCGAUCGUCUCCAACUUGUGAUGACAGGGUGGGCAGUGGUCGGCUGCUUUGAAGUCCGGGAUGGCAGCGGUUCUCUCCGCGCCGCUCGCUGGCUGCCCUGGGACUUGGCUUGCGAGUAUGUGGACAGGGCUAAGCGCAAGCUUCUCCUGCCUGGUGGGAAAAUGGUUGACUUGGCAACUCUCCAGAAAGCGGACGAAUCCACCCGCGAGAUGUGGGUUGACCUCAUGCGGAACAAUGACCUCACAAUGGGCCAGGCCGUUGAGAAGUGCUUUGUGGACGCGUCCCCCUUCUGGCUUUUUGCGGGCGCGGAAGUGGCGCCGGCAGUUGCAGCCAGGAGCGGGGCUAGCCAGACAGCAGAAAGAGGUCGGCAGGGGUCUAACGAAGUCAUUCUGGUCAAGGACAAGGACAAACGGCAGGCGCGACCAGCCAGGAUCGCCGACCAGACCUCGCGCGGCAAGUCGAUCUGCGCCUUGUGGAAUGAGGGAAAAUGCCAGGCCAAGUGUCCAGACAACAAGUUGCACGUGUGCAACUUUUUGUUGCAGAAUGGACACGUGUGCGCGGCCGCUGCCCAUAGGCGCAGCGAGGCCCACUAG